AUUGUCAAUUUUCCGCCAUAAAAAUAGUUUGUAAAGUAUCUAAAACACCCAGUUUAUCAAACAAAUUCUUAAGGUUGCCUCAAAAUUUUACUAUUAUUGCUGUUUCCUGAUUAGAAAUUUUACUCUUUAGUAUUAAUGAAUUAAUGUUAAUUUUGAUAUUCUAAAAUAUGUUAUACUUUGACAUAUGAAGCUUAAAAUUUAUUGUACUCCAGCGCCUGAAUAUUUAUAUUAUAAAUAUUUUUUUAUUUUAUAUUUUUUGAAUAGUAAUGAUAAUAUACAGAAUUUCAAAAAUAUUAAUUUGUACUAAAAUGUUAUUAGCCCUGGGCCUAGUGUUAAUUGUAUCGUUAAAGUACGCUGCAGUUGUUAAGUGCGAGUAACCUGGCCUGAGCUAAGCUCUCGCCCAAUAACCCAGACAAACAGUUUGUGAGUGUUCACCGACUCGGUUGUCAGAAGGGAAAAGUAGAUGGCCGCUCGACUCUGUUCCCGCCUUUCUUCCCUUCCUGGCGUCUUCAGAAUCUCAAGUCUCCGUCCUUCUCUAAGCAUCUCGAUCCUAUGCUCGUCCUCGAGGCAAGCAUUAUGAUCUCUUUGGCAGUGCAAAGCCUGGCGAUGAGGAAUUCAAGAAAGCAUGGAAGAAAGAAAUGGAAGAAGAUGAUUGCUUAUGGACAGGAAGUGAAGAUGAAAGUGAGGAUGAAAAUAAUUCCAAAAUGAGUAAAACUCGUCUUGAAAAAGAGAUUCGGAAAGUAAGGCAGCAGGCAAAGGAGCACUCACAUCUUAUUGAUGCUGAUGAUAGUGAUGAGUUAUGGAGUGUGUGGUCUGGGAGUGACGAGGAGAAGACUUUGUGGACUGGUAGCGAAGGAGAUGAUGAUGAUGAUAUUCCUACAGAAGCAUAUCCGAAUGAAGCUAGUGAUAAAUAUAUAGAUAAACUGUUUGAAUUUGAGGAAAAACCUAAAUAUCGCACAAUCUCAGAACUAUUGAAAGCAGAAAAUGAGCCUGAAGAGUUGUCCCCUGGGAAGCAAGCUAGGAAACUUGCAGUCGAGAAUGCCUUAAAAAAAUUGAAGAAAGGGCCAGAUGGUCGUUACAUCAAUGUGUGGGAAGUCAUGAGUGAUAUAGAUAUUCUAAUUGGAGCAUUUGAAAAUAUUGUUUCUGGGCCAGAGUACGAGGAGCUUAGACAAGGAGGACCUAAAAAAUUGAAUAUGGAGUUUUUCAAGGAUAUACAAGCGCGCAUGAGAGAUCCAAAUUACAAGUUCUCACCAGAGUUAAAGUUGAAACGAAAAAGCAAACUAGUUCCAAGAAAGAAAUGGCAGAAGGUGCAGUCUAGACGAAGGAAGGCACAAAAACGCUAGGUUGUGUUCUUCUUCGCUCAACAUCAUUGAUAAGUUAUUUACAUUUGUUGACCAAUGGAAGACUGUCUUUUGCAUUCCCCACAUAUUGUCUGUCCUUGAGAUUACAACUGAUUGUAUGAUACUUCAGAUCGCCAUGUCUGUAAUUAUGAUUUAUUGAUCUCCUUUAAAGGUUUGCCUAUUAGUUUAAUUAGAGGCAAAUUCAUCCUUUUUUGUUAUAUAUAUAUAUAUAUGUUUUUUCAUUUAAUUGUUUCUUUUAUUUGUAACUUGACAUGUGAUUUUCUAAAGACAUGGUAUAUUAUAUAUAAUGAGAAAUAGUUCUUUGAUUC